AGCCACUAAUGCGCUAGCAAACGGCUAGCAUGGCGGUGUAGGUAGCAACAAGCUAUUACAACUUACCUUGUUCUUUAUCUCUCUUUGUGUCCAUUCUGGCUAAGAAAGCUACUUGUCUUGAAAUGGAAUGGGCGAGUUAAGUGAGUCAAAGUGUAGAAAAUAUUAGUAAUGUGGAAGGGGAGCGUGGAAUUGGCAUGUACGUGUCCAGCUCUGUAGUUAAGGAUUUAAUGCCACCGGGCUGUAGUGGACGCAGGUGGAUGUGACGGACCUGCGUGCUGUUGCUGGCCGUUGGGAGAGCAUCUUCAUAACUCGGGUUGGGUGUCACCGCAUCGGAAGCACGGGGGGGCCAUGUUGACGUGGCAAAACGGAAGGAUGUCUCAAAAUGUGUGCAACAGGUUUAUGGCAGAGACAAAAAAAUGGCGUCGAACUUUUAUUUUGUCACCACAAAAUGCUGUGCAGCUUCUACAAUUGGCAACCAUGGCUCACACACCUUCCAAGGACAGUGGUGAUACUUCAUGAGGGAGAUUUCAGCAUUGUGGACUCACCCUGCGACACAGACUGAGUGACUUCACGGCCCCUAAAUGUAUUUUAUUCAUCACAGGCUGUGGACCCUCUGUGUUCUGUAUGCAUACAUGCAACAAAUGACUUGAUAAACAUGGGAAACAAGCAGACUAUUUUUACAGAUGAACAACUUGAUGCCUACCAAGACUGUACUUUUUUCACCCGAAAAGAAAUCUUGCGGUUGCAUGGUCGAUACCAUGAAUUGGCUCCUCAUCUUGUACCAAUGGAUUACACCAAUGAACCUGAUUGUAAAUUACCUUUAGCCUUGAUAGUCAACAUGCCGGAGUUAAAGGAAAAUCCAUUCCGUAACAGGAUUGUUGAGUCUUUCUCAGAGGAUGGGAUGGGGAAUCUCAGCUUCAAUGAAUUUGUGGAUAUGUUCUCAGUCCUCAGUGAAAUGGCUCCACGGGAAUUGAAGGCCAUUUACGCCUUCAAAAUAUACGAUUUCAAUGUGGAUAAUUACCUUUGCAAAGAGGACCUAGAAAAAACUCUGAACAAGCUGACAAAGGAGGAGUUGACUCCAGAAGAGGUGCAGCUGGUGUGCGAGAAGACCAUUGAAGAGGCCGAUUUAGAUGGAGACAAUAAACUCUCCUUUGCCGAUUUUGAAAAUAUGAUAUCAAGGGCUCCCGAUUUCUUAAGUACCUUCCACAUACGAAUCUGAGAGGGCUCCACAUCGAAGCUGAGCACAGUGCCUGUCUGUUACUCCCAAAUCAUCCCGUGUGUCCUCUCCAGCUUUGUUUCCCAGCUGUCCUCACCUCUGUGACGUCUGCCCAGAUAAGAGUGCAAAACAGUGGAUGGAUGUGGCGUUCUCAGGAUGCCGGAUGUCUUUACAGAUGAACCCAUGUGACCACCACCAGUGAAAGGGCUCGGCCUGGGUUGGUCUGUUUAAUGAGUUCAAUCAUUUCCUUGCAGAGGAAACAAAAAAAGACUGACAAGACUAUGGAUUUGGGCUUUAUAAUAAUGCAUAAAAAAAUAAUCUACCUAUAUUGCACAUGUCAUAGCCCCACUUGCAGUCUUCCUAGAUAUUCACUAUCUAAUGAAUGACUGUUCAGCAUUAGCGUUAAGGGCGUCAAUGAGCUAUAUGCACUAUUUGUACUUGCAUGGUAAACCUCUGGCUCUUUUGCAGCGUAUUGCUUAUUUGAUGUUAUGGUUAUGCUCGUGGAACUGUAACAUAAUGACAAUCAUAUUUUAAUUUUCUCCAGCUACGUGAAGGGCUAGCUUCCAUAUUCUGCCUUGGCAAUUAUCAUGAGGUGUUUGUGACAGUCCUCUUUUGAAUAGACAUUUUUCAAGUUUGCAUUAUUUGGAAUAAAUGUC